GGGCUCUGCACACGCUGUCCCGCGUACGCUUAGCCCAUCACGUGCAAUCAGGGGAGCUACUCCGCAACUAAGGCGAGCAGAUACGCUUCAGCACUCGCAGGAUUUCUGUAAGAAAUAAUUUACCUGAUAUAUUGGUAAAACAGAUGGUAUUCUACCUGGAAAUCACUACUGCAUAACUACAGAAAAACAUCCUUUUUUUAUAAAAAAAAGCAAAAUCUUUGUAGGAACACUGCUAUUAGAUGAGUGUUUCUGGCUGUAAUAAGCUGAGCUGACUUUUUUGCCUGUUAUUCCUGAAAAUGGCAUUCCGAUUUAAUUUUUCUAUUGAAAAUGAAAGUGAUGAACCAGACGCUGGGGACAAGUCAGAGUCACAGCUGGGCUCUCUGGCAGGAAGCAGGCAAGCUGCUGAUGCCGAAGCAGCCUGCAGCCCAAGGCUGGCUGCUCCUAAGCACCAAGAUGCGACACCAAAGAAACAGUGCUGCCUCAAAGCUGCUAAAGAGCACGAUAUUCCCAAAGACGUCAACCAAGUAUUGGAAAACAAAGUUGUGGAAGCGGUAUCAGGUCUGCAUUACGUAAAUAUGUCCGUAGUGGAAAUGACGCUUUUGGAUGGCUCCCAUGGAGAAGACAUAGUGUCUAAAAGUGUUGCGUCGCACUCUGAUCUCAUCCCAGGAGUCUAUGAGGGGGGAAUGAAGAUCUGGGAAUGCACCUUCGAUCUCAUAGAUUACUUUUCUGAGACAGAAAUGCAGUUUACCAACAAGACAGUGUUGGAUCUCGGGUGUGGGGCUGGACUGCUAGGAAUAGUUGCAUUGAGGGGAAAAGCUAAAAAAGUCCAUUUUCAGGACUACAACAGCACAGUGAUUGAUGAAAUAACCUUGCCUAACACAGUGGCUAACUGUAUACUUGAUGGCAAUGAGACUGGCAGCAGAGAUGACAGAAAAACUAGUAAGCCUCCUUCAAAGAGGCUCAAGAAAGCAAAGUGCUUACCUGAUCUGCUCACCAAAUGCAGAUUUUUUUCCGGAGAAUGGUCUGCAGUCAGCCAGCUCCUGUUAAGCAGCAGCAAACCCUUUUCAAAGUACGAUCUCAUUCUCACAUCUGAGACCAUCUAUAACCCUGACUACUACAGUGCUUUGCAUGAUACACUGUCUCAGCUGUUGGAUAAAAAUGGCCGCGUGUAUUUGGCAAGCAAAGCACAUUAUUUUGGGGUUGGUGGUGGUGUCUAUCUCUUUGAGAAAUUCAUUGAGGAGAGGAAUGUGUUCAGGACCAACACAGUUAAAAUAAUUGAUGAAGGACUUAAGCGGUUUAUUAUUGAAAUAGCCUUUAACAUUUCCAGUUAAAAUUCAGCCAUUGGGUGCUUGAAAAACAUCUUAAUAAAGACAUGAUAUUUUAA